AUGGCUGCCAUACAAGGUUUUGUGAAGCUCUCGAAUAACUCCAGCUCUGUACGGUGCCUUCAUAUAUCAGCUAUAUUAUCUCAAAUAAGAAUUCUCAGGAGACCAGUUUGCACUUCAAGUGACUACAAUCCCCUAUUUGAACAAGAUUCUUUGCCGAAAUUCAAGAAGAUCGAAUCGACACACGUUGCUCCUGCUAUACAAUCAUUAACUCAAGAAUAUACCAAAAACUUUAAAACUUUUGAGUCACAAAUUCAAGGAAAGUUAGAAGAAGAUGUAAACUGGCAAUCAGUGAUAGAACCAAUAGAGAGGUUGAACAGUGAACUGGAAUAUGCUUGGAGUAUUGUGACACAUCUGAAUGGUGUUAAGAAUAGUGAAGAUUUAAGAAAUGCAUAUCAAAAGGUUCAGCCUCUAGUAGUUAAAUCAUCUACCUUAGUUUCACAAAGUAAACCAUUUUAUUCAGCUUUAGAGAAAUUAAAUAACAAAUCAUCAGAGUUGGAUGAAGCUCAACAGAGAAUCAUCACGUCAUUUCUAAGAGCAUCAAGAAAUGGUGGGGUAGGACUGCAAGGGAAGGAGAAAGAAAGAUUCAAUGAAAUCAAAAUCAGAUUAGCUGAACUUGGAACUAAAUUUAGCAAUAAUGUACUAGAUGCAGUAAAACAGUUCUCUAUUAUAGUUACUGACUGGGAAGACAUGCAGGGAUUACCUGAAUCUCUCUUACAGCUAACAGCAAUGGCAGCAGCAGUAGAUCAGCAGAAGAGAACCAGUGAUGUGGACCCCAAGAAAGGACCCUGGAAGUUGACUCUUGACAUCCCUUGCUUUCAGCCAUUYAUGCAGUACAGGCAUUUGCAUCUAGCAAUGGCUUUAAAGGAGACCUACAGCUGUGGGAUAUUCCUUACUGGGCYGAGAAACAAAGACAGUAUUUAUUCAGCUUUAUUGAUGAGCAGCUGCGACCAUAUUUCCCUCUAGAAAGGGUUCUUGAUGGACUUUUCAAGUUUACAACAGAGAUACUUGGAGUCACUAUCAAGGCUGCAGAUGGAGAGGCAGAUGUUUGGCAUGAAGAUGUUCGGUUCUUUAAGAUUUUCAAUGAAAAAGGAGACCAUGCAGCRUCCUUUUUUCUUGAUCCUUAUUCACGUCCUGCAGAGAAAAGAGGAGGGGCAUGGAUGGACCAAURCACAGGUAAAAGUGGCCUGAUGAACAGGAUACCCGUGGCAUAUCUUGUUUGUAACCAGUCUCCACCAAACAACAAUACACCAUCACUCAUGACAUUCCAUGAAGUGGAGACUCUUUUUCAUGAGUUUGGUCAUGGUCUACAACACAUGUUAACCACUGUACCGUACACAGAUGCUGCAGGGAUACACAAUGUUGAAUGGGAUGCUGUUGAACUGCCUUCCCAGUUCAUGGAGAACUGGAUGUAUGACAAGACAACAGUGGAUCUUGUGAGUGGUCACUACAAGACAGGACAAACACUGCCUGAUGAUAUUUUCACACAAAUCACCAAAGCUCGUCGAUACAUGGCAGGAUCUGGAAUGCUGCGCCAACUGUACUUUUCUGCAUUGGAUAUGGAACUACACACAAGUACUGAUCCUUGGCGUGAAGUGAUGCAUCGAAUCGCUAAAGACUACACAGUUAUCCCACCAUUAGACGAAGACCACUUUCCGUGCUCGUUCUUGCACAUUUUUGGCGGGGGCUACUCUGCUGGAUACUACUCGUAUAAAUGGGCAGAGGUGAUGUCUGCAGACGCAUUUAGUGCUUUUCAAGAGGUCGGRUUGGAAAACAGAAGCGAGCUAGCUCGUAUUGGACGAAAAUUUCGAGACACAAUCCUGGCCAAAGGUGGAUCACGUCACCCACGUGAUGUAUUCCACGACUUCCGCGGACGGCGACCCAAACCAGACGCCUUGUUAUCCAUAUAUGGGCUGGAUUAAAGUUAGCUCGUUCUGUGAUAUGCGCCGGCCUUCUAUUCAUUCCCUUCAUCACGCUCCAGGCUACCCAGGGUCAAGACGUGGACCAUGGAAUUUCAAAGCGUUUGUAUUGACUUGUGCAUUAAUUCUUUSAUYUACUGUUGGUAUUUGUGAAUACCAUAGAAUCCCGGUUAGAGCACAGUCACUCAGUAGAACCAUGAAAUAAAAUCAAAAAUUGAUACUGACAAA